UCUUGCGCUAUUGCCCAUGAUUGAACGCUAACAUUAAAAAUAGACGGUGAUCGACAACCAGAACUUGGAAUAUGGCUGAGAAAUCAAAAACGAAUAAAGAGGAAUCGGAAUAUGAUUUCGAAUUUGUCAGUUCAACAACACUACAUGGAGUAUACUUUUGUUACGUCAGUCAAUCGAAAAUUGCAAAAUUCUUCUGGGCCAUUCUGAUUAUAGGUAUGAUUGGUAUAUUGUUCUGGCAAAUAAGCAUUCGAAUCAGAGAAUACUUGGAAUAUGCAACAAGCACCGACAUUUCGGAAGAAUUUGUUUCAUAUCUUCCAUUUCCUGCUGUCACCAUAUGCAGUUUUAAUCGUUAUUUUGUGGCGUCUCCGAACCUCCGAACACUUCGAGCCAUUCACACAAUAAACCAAAUGACAUCGUCUUCGUACAUGGCUUAUGCAAAGAAUAAUAACAUGAAACCAAAUAUCUCGAGAAUAGAUGGAUUUGGCCAAAACUUCGAUAUAAAGACAUUCACAAACAAGCGGGGAUUUUCUAUUGGAGGGAAAUUUAUGCCACAAUGCCGGUUCAAAUCGUCUGAUUGCGAUCUGAACGACUUCACUACGAUUUUUACGACGUUGGGAAAAUGUUAUACAUUUAAUGAAGGGGAUUAUAACAAAACUCAGAACAUUCCUGGCUCUGGUCAUGGUCUGUCGGUAACUCUAGAUGUGCGACAAGACUUGUACACCGAACAACCUUUCCUUGGAAACUCGGAAGCAGGAAUAAAGCUACAGAUACAUCCACAACACGAUGUUCCAGAUGUCGAAACGUUUGGAGUAUCAGUUCCAGUUGGUACAAAAGCGUCAAUAGAAAUAACUCGAUCUGAUUACAAAUUAAUGUACGGACCUUGGGGACAGUGUGAUCCAAAUAGGGAGAAUCUGAAGUAUUUUUCAACCUAUAGCUUGAAUAAUUGCAUGAAUGAAUGCCUCACGGACAUGGUAGUGAAUGAAUGUGGCUGUCAUUUAUUUACGCAAUAUUGGGCUGCAAACUUUUCCAGAGAAUGUACUGCUCAAGAUAUGUAUGACUGCGCUUCUGCAUAUGCGGUUGCAAUGCAAGAAAAUUUAUCAUCUACCGAUUGCAAUUGUUCGAUACCAUGUACUUACACAAAGUACGGAUUGACGAUAUCUUAUUCAACAUAUCCAAACCUACCAACAAUGGAAUCUUUACAGACUAGAAUGACAAAGGAUAAAACAUAUGUUCAAGGAAAUUCAAUUCAGUUUGAGAUUUACUUCAAUAGUAUGAGCUACAGCACAUUCAGUCAGUCUAAAAAAGUUGAUGAAUCAAGUUUAAUCAGUGAUCUAGGUGGACAAUUGGGUUUAUGGCUUGGAAUGAGUUUCAUUACUUUGGUCGAAAUAUUUCAAUUUUUGGGACAAAAAGCAGGCAGAACGUCAUACAGAAGAGUUUCCAGAAAAGUAGACAAAAGCGUGUCCGCAUAAAACAACGAAAUCUACUUACAUGAAUUGUAUCAUGAAUCUACAAGAACUUGAUAACGAUAAUUAAUUUGUAGUUCAUCACGUACUUCCAGCGCGGCGUUACGCGAUGUAUAAUAUCUUUAAGAUUUUUUCAACAAAGAAAGCUAUUUCCAAAAAGCAAGUCAGUCAAUUCACUACAAGGGACUGAAAAAUAGCCAACGUUUUGUAAUCAGUUUUAUUACUAAAAUAUGAUACAUGGUAAAACGUAUUCACUGCCUAAUCGCGGUACCAUAUUAGUUUGCAAAAACCAAUAAUACAAAACGAAUUUUUUUUUGAAAUAUGGAGAUUGUAAAUAACUAAAUCAAACCUUGAUAAAUUUAUACCAAUAUAGAAUUUCAUAUUUUCUACAACAAUCGACCAUAGCUAAGUCUAAGCAGUAGUGCCACAUUUGAAUAUUACGUGAAUAGGCUUUGGUAAAAAUGAGACUUUUUGGUGCUAGGCAGAAUGGAUCAUGAAAAUAGUACGUAUUUUAGAAUAAAAAAUAGCUGUAUCACACUAACCAAACUGUCUUCUAUACAUAUCUUAAACGUAAAUUUUUGAACAA